AUGCGAGGUAUUACUCCGUACUUGAGGCUCUAUUCUUACUGGCAAGUUGGUGCAAGAAGCAACAAGUCCCCAAUGCCACGCUAUGUUACCAUCAAGAUCCCAGCACUUGACAUUGACGUGUCAAGAGAGACGAGAUAUUCAAAGCUCAUCAACCAUGCCAACCCUACUCACGAAGGCCUCUCCUUCCUCAGAGUUCCGAUUGACGAGUUCAAGUUAAAGGCUGCCACCGGCACACACUCCUGUCUGGUUUACGAGCCGAUGAGAGAGACGCUGUUUCAACUGCAGCACAGACUAAAGCGACAGAGGCUGGCCCUGCCGCUUUUUAAAUUUUUUAUUUACUGCCUCCUUCAAGCCUUGGAUUAUUUGCAUACAGAAUGCCGAGUUAUACAUACAGAUAUCAAAGACGACAAUGUUAUGAUAACGAUAGAGAACGACAAGGUGCUGGAGGAUUUUGUUGCCGAAUGUUUGGAGGAACCACAUCCAAAGCACGUCAGGAGCGUUGAUGGCCGAGAAGUUUACCUCUCGAGGGGCGACUUUGGGCCGCUCCGAGGCGCGAAACUGUUACCUGAAUUGGCCGACUUUAAUCUCUGCUACCCUGGUCUGGGAGAUCGCCGGCAUCUCUCACCAAUCCAACCCCAUCGCUAUCGGGCCCCGGAAGUGUUUCUCGGGUGCCCAUGGUCAUAUAGCGCUGACAUCUGGAACCUGGGCCUUGUUAUGUGGAAUCUCUUGGAAGAUGCCAAUAUAUUCGAACGCCCUGCUGGCGAAGAUGGCGAGUAUGACGCCCAUGUUCACUUGGCCCAGAUGGUAUCCCUUCUAGGCGACCCACCCCCGGCCUUGAUAGCUCAGGAAAGGCUCAUGCGGGACCACCAACUCAAGGAGCCCGUGACUAACUCGCGGGGUGAGCGGUAUUACAACAUGAAUCAGUAUUGGGGAGGACCAUUCUUCGAUGACCACGGUAAAAUCUUCCGCCAAGAUUUGAUCGACGAGGAACGGUCGCUUGCGGAUACGGUUACCGAGAUCGGUGGAGACGAGAAGGAGACGUUUCUUGACUUUGCAUCCUGCAUGCUUCAGUGGAUACCCGACGAGAGGAAGACGGCAAAGGAGCUUUUGAAACACCCCUUCUUCGAUUCCUUCUAUGAGGAACGCAUGAACGACAAAAGCGGUUGA